AUGCCAUCUUUCAAAAAAUGCUGCCGGGUGGUUUGCGGAUGUUGCGAUGCUUUGGCGCGAAUGCGGUGCUUUGGGCGCGUUUUGGGGGGCGGGUGGUGGGUUCGUGGGCUUUUCGGCCGGUCUUCCCUAACGGCUUCGCGCACGACGUUGGGAAACAGCGAAUCGCGAAGCACGGCUUUUUACAGUGAAAACCGCGAGGAUACCGCGGCGACUAACUUUAGAAGAAAAAGGGCCCCUGGUUCGCUUUGCGCCGGUGGGUUUGUAGCUUCCCAGCGCAAAGUAUGUACUCUGUAUGGUGUGUGGGAUCCGCAUGGGGUCCAAUUGUCUACCUCUACGCGGGAAUGCGGUUCUAUGUAUUAUAGCCCGCGGGGUAUGGAUUCCAUAUUCUCACAACAUGCUUCCCGAACUGUUUUUGUCACCUUUUUUAUCCUCGGUUUCUCUUCGAGUGCAAAGGCCUAG